AUGGAUACUGAGACCAGUCCCUCUCCUGGACCACUUUUUCGAUCUGCAAAGCGACGGAAGUUCAUACGGCGACGACCAGACGAUAGCACAGAAGAACACCCAUUAGCUCGAGAAGCCGUCGCGACUACGAGUGGAAACACUUCUCGACCUUCCGAAGCUAUUCACGCGGAUGACUCCCAAGAGAAUCCAGGCGUUGUGCGCCUACGACGGCCACAUGCUACUCGGAAAGGUGGCAUAGAGUUCUCUGCUACCUCACGCCCGAAAUCGGGUGGAGGGCAGCAGCCAACACUACUGUCGGCGGAAGAUGCAGAAAAAGCACGAGUCCAGGCUAUGUGUGACCGAUUCACAUCGGAUAUCGGACAGACGGAGGAUGUCGAUAAGCACAUGAUGGCAUAUAUAGAUUCCGAGAUGGCUAAGCGUUUCCAACGAAAUCCACCACCAGAUCACCCAGCAGUCAACUUAACAGCUACGACACAAAAUACACGGAGCGCAUCUACUGCUGGGCAGCAAGAACGCGAACCUGCAUCACUGGGCAAACUACAUGAAAUCGACCUUGGCCAGGAAGCCAAAUUGCGGAAUAUCGCACGGACGGAAGCAGCGACCAGACGUUUAGUUGGAGAGGAGGGUCCUAAUACGUCCGGGAUCGAGACACAGCCCAGUCGUCCCACGACUGACAAGUCAUGGCGCAAAUCCAAACGUCGGACCAGUGCAGAUAUUGAGCGUGAUCGCUUGGUCGAAGAAGUUAUGCGAGAAAGCAAGUUGGAUGUGUACGAUGAACCGGAGGAGGACGAGUUCGGGGACGACCAAGCCGCCGAUGACCGGAUUGCCGAGCAAUUCCGUCGAGAUUUCAUGGAUGCAAUGCAGUCCCGUAAGAGAGUCGCGCGACCGACACGGACGGAUAAGACCCGAAGUUUCCAAGGGUCCCAAACUGGGAGGAAGUCGCAGCGCAAGAGCAGCAAUGCGGGAGAUGCAGGGCAAAGCGGGACAGAAAUGACACGGAUCCUUCCCCCAUUCUCGCGCUUUGGGCUAUAUCAUCUAUACCUGCCUGUUGCAGGUACAGUACUUGCCGUGACCAAGGUGGUCAGAACAUGA